AUGGCCACCAAGGACCUUGAUUUCAAUGCAGACAUAGCUCUGGCGAAGGAGUUCCUUUCCAAUUUCGCAGAUGCCAAUGGCGAAGCUAAAUACCUGAACAUCCUGCAAGACGUUGCAAACCACAAAACUAGAGCAGUUCAGAUCGACCUUGAGGACUUAAUUAACUACAAGGAUCUGGACGAAGAAUUUCUGGGUCGUGUUACUGAGAACACUCGAAGGUAUAUUGGGAUUUUCUCCAAUGCAAUUGACGAGCUCAUGCCAGAGUCCACUGAGGCCUUCACGGAUGAUGAUCAUGACAUAUUGAUGACUCAGAGAUCUGACGAAGGAGCGGAAGGUGUUGACGGUUCCGAUCCACUUCAGAAGAUGCCUCCUGAAAUCAAGCGCUACUAUGAGCUUUAUAUUAAAGCAUCCUCAAAAGGACGACCAUUUACAAUUAGGGAGGUGAAAGCUUCGAACAUUGGCCAGCUUGUAAGAAUCUCUGGUAUUGUGACACGUUGUUCGGAUGUUAAACCAUUGAUGAAAGUUGCUGUAUACACGUGCGAGGAUUGUGGAUUUGAAAUUUACCAGGAAGUAACAGCUCGAAUCUUCAUGCCCUUGUUUGAAUGUCCAUCUAAGCGCUGUGAUACAAAUAGAAGAAAGGGGAAUGUUAUUCUUCAACUGAGAGCAUCAAAGUUUUUGAGAUUUCAAGAGGCCAAAAUUCAAGAAUUAGCUGAACAUGUUCCCAAAGGCCAUAUUCCACGAACAAUGACUGUUCAUUUAAGAGGAGAACUCACCAGAAAGGUGGCUCCAGGUGAUGUGGUUGAAUUAUCUGGGAUUUUUCUUCCUAUACCUUACACUGGUUUUCGAGCAAUGCGAGCGGGAUUGGUUGCUGACACUUACCUAGAGGCCAUGUCUGUAACUCAUUUCAAGAGAAAAUAUGAAGAAUAUGAACUUAGAGGAGAUGAGGAAGAGCAGAUUGCAAGAUUGGCAGAGGAUGGUGACAUCUACAAUAAAUUAUCACGAUCACUUGCUCCUGAAAUUUUUGGACAUGACGACAUUAAAAAAGCACUUCUGCUUCUCCUAGUUGGGGCUCCCCAUCGGACCUUGAAAGAUGGAAUGAAGAUUAGAGGAGAUUUACACAUAUGUUUGAUGGGUGAUCCUGGUGUUGCCAAGAGUCAGCUUCUUAAACACAUAAUCAAUGUAGCACCCAGAGGGGUGUACACCACCGGCAGAGGAAGUAGUGGAGUUGGUCUAACUGCUGCUGUUCAAAAAGAUCCAGUGACAAAUGAGAUGGUUCUUGAAGGUGGAGCAUUGGUUCUAGCAGAUAUGGGCAUAUGUGCCAUUGAUGAAUUUGACAAGAUGGAUGAAUCGGAUCGUACAGCUAUACAUGAAGUUAUGGAACAACAAACUGUUAGCAUUGCCAAGGCUGGAAUCACUACAUCUCUGAAUGCAAGGACUGCUGUCCUUGCUGCUGCUAAUCCAGCAUGGGGAAGAUAUGAUCUAAGAAGAACUCCAGCUGAAAAUAUUAAUCUUCCUCAUGCGCUUCUAUCAAGGUUUGAUCUUCUGUGGUUAAUCCUUGAUCGAGCUGAUAUGGAUAAUGAUCUUGAAAUGGCUAGGCAUGUUGUAUAUGUUCACCAAAAUAAGGAGUCUCCUGCUCUAGGAUUCACUCCUCUUGAUCCAUCUGUUCUACGUGCAUACAUAUCAGCUGCGAGAAGACUGUCUCCUAGUGUUCCUAGGGAACUGGAAGAGUAUAUUGCUACUGCAUACUCCAGCAUUCGUCAAGAAGAAGCAAGGUCCAAUGCUCCACAUUCGUACACUACUGUCAGAACAUUGCUCAGCAUUCUUCGCAUAUCAGCUGCAUUAGCAAGACUCCGUUUUUCUGAAACUGUUGCUCAGAGUGAUGUGGACGAAGCACUGAGGUUAAUGCAGAUGUCAAAAUUCUCUUUGUACUCUGGUGACCGUCAAAAAUCUGGACUGGAUGCCAUAUCUGAUAUUUAUUCCAUACUGCGAGAUGAAGCAGCAAGAGGUAACCGAAUGGAUGUCAGCUACGCCCAUGCACUGAACUGGAUAUCUAGGAAGGGUUAUAGCGAAGCUCAGUUAAAAGAGUGCUUGGAAGAGUAUGCAGCACUGAAUGUAUGGCAGAUACAUCCUCACACCUUUGACAUUAGAUUUAUUGAUGCUUGA